AUGGCUGCGCAGGGCGUGCGCCUCGCGUUCGGCUGGCUGGCCCUGAGCGCCUGGCUCCUGGCCAUGGCACAGGUGGAUUCUGAUGACAUGAUUACCACGGAGGAGCAGAUUUAUCUUCUCCUGGAAGCCAAAAUUCAGUGUGAACUGAACAUCACUACCCAACUACAAGAAGGAGAGGGUAACUGCUUUCCAGAAUGGGAUGGACUAAUAUGCUGGCCCAGGGGCUCACUGGGAAAAAUGUUGGCUGUUCCAUGUCCUCCUUAUAUAUAUGACUUCAAUCACAAAGGGGUGGCUUUCAGACACUGUAGCCCUAAUGGAACAUGGGACCUUGUGCAGGGUUUGAACCGAACGUGGGCCAAUUACUCGGACUGCCUUCGCUACUUACAGCCAGAAAUCAGCUCAGGGAAGCGGGAAUUCUUUGAGCGUCUCUACAUUAUGUACACUGUUGGCUAUUCUAUGUCCUUCAGUUCUCUGGCAGUGGCUGUUUUCAUCAUCGGCUACUUCAGGAGGCUGCACUGCACCAGGAAUUGCAUCCACAUGCAUCUCUUUGUCUCUUUCAUGCUAAGAGCUGCCAGCAUUUUUAUCAAGGACAAAGUUGUGCAUACGCACAUAGGCGUCAAAGAAUUGGACUCUCUGCUGAUGAGUGACCUCUGGAGCACUGUAGUGGCACCUGCAGUUGACAAGUCACAAUACGCGGGGUGCAAGAUUGCGGUUGUGAUGUUUAUUUACUUCUUGGCCACCAACUACUACUGGAUCCUGGUUGAAGGCCUCUACCUGCACAGCCUAAUCUUUGUGGCUUUCUUUUCGGAUACCAAAUACCUGUGGGGCUUCACCUUGAUAGGCUGGGGAUUUCCGGCUGUCUUUGUAGGAGCCUGGGCAGUGGUCCGUGCAACGCUGGCAGAUGCAAGAUGCUGGGAGCUCAGUGCCGGCGCUAUCAAAUGGAUUUACCAAGCACCGAUAUUAGCAGCCAUCGGGCUGAACUUCAUUCUGUUCCUGAAUACCGUACGGGUUCUGGCAACCAAAAUUUGGGAGACAAAUGCUGUUGGGUAUGACACAAGGAAACAAUACAGGAAGCUAGCGAAGUCCACCUUGGUUCUGAUUCUGGUCUUCGGGGUGCAUUAUAUUGUCUUUGUGUGCCUACCGCACACGUUCACUGGGCUGGGAUGGCAGAUCCGAAUGCACUGUGAACUCUUCUUCAACUCUUUCCAGGGUUUCUUCGUCUCUAUCAUCUAUUGUUACUGCAACGGAGAGGUUCAGACUGAGAUCAAGAAGACUUGGACUAGAUGGAACCUGGCUAUUGACUGGAAAAGGACGACUCCAUGUGGCAAUUACAGAUAUGGCACUGUCCUCACCAACAUGACCCACAGCACCAGCAGCCAGUCUCAGACGGUGACCAGCUCCCGCAUGGUUCUGAUUUCCAGCAAAGUCUGCAGAAAUGCCAGUAGGCAAAAUGAGGCGCACAUGAAUUUGCCUGGGUAUGUUAGGAGCAACUCUGAACAGGACUGUGUGCACCACUGGGUUCUUAAGGAGGCCAAUGAAGAUGAAGAGAAGCAGGUGGAUGAUAUAUCGCUCAAGGAGUCACUUAGACCACAGGGUAGUAGCACAGACCCUGAGGGGAACAGGGUAGAAAUGGAGGAGGCUCUGUGAAGAAUCAUGGACAUCCAUGGGCAUGUCCAAUCUAAAAUGGGUUGAAUCCUCUCAUGAUGCCAACAGCUACUAGUAUCCAUAUACUGCCUUGAGCCAAUCUCAGUGAAGAUCUUGCUCAAUGAUGAAGCUUAAUUUACAAGGACUCCAGACCUACAUAAUGCAGCUGACUACGCAAAAUGAUUUCUAUGCCACAAAUGUCAAAGGCGCAAAAAAAGUGAAUUUUUAGCAUUUACACUACGUGCAUUACACU